CUUCCCCCAGCCCCUGGUACGUUCACAUUUCCACCCUGGGGACGACUCGCAUUUUCUUUUUUAAAGGAAUUCCAACCAGAUACGUUUCGCCCCCCUCUUCUGCCUCCCUUCUCUUGGACGUCGGCUCGCGAUUGCUUGCAAACAUUUCGCAUUAAAAAACAAACAAAACCCAAACGACCCGACCUGCGUUUUGAGAGUGGUUGAUUCUUUUUUAUUUUUAACUUUCUUAAAAAAAAAGAUACAGACCACCAGCCAACAAAACUUUUGCUACCUUUCAAAACCAAAACCCAAUUCUCCCCCCCGACCUAAAAAAAAAAAAUGCACUACUGUGUGCUGAGCGCGUUCCUGCUCCUGCAUCUGGUCACCGCGGCGCUCAGCCUGUCGACCUGCAGCACGCUCGACAUGGACCAGUUCAUGCGCAAGAGGAUCGAGGCCAUCCGCGGGCAGAUCCUCAGCAAGCUGAAGCUCACCAGCCCCCCCGAAGACUACCCGGAUCCCGAGGAGGUCCCCCCGGAGGUGAUUUCCAUCUACAACAGCACCCGGGACUUGCUCCAGGAGAAGGCGAGCCGCCGGGCAGCAGCCUGCGAGCGCGAGCGAAGCGACGAGGAGUACUACGCCAAGGAGGUCUAUAAGAUCGACAUGCCGCCCUUCAGCCCCUCGGAAACUGUCUGCUCACUUGUUGCACCACCCUCUGGCUCAGAGGGCAUCUUCUGCUCCUCCAGAAAGUCUCAGGUGCUCUGUGGGUACUUUGAUGUCAUCCCGCCUACUUUCUACAGACCUUACUUCAGAAUUGUUCGAUUUGAUGUCUCAGCGAUGGAGAAGAAUGCUUCCAAUUUGGUGAAAGCAGAGUUCAGAGUCUUCCGUUUGCAGAAUCCAAAAGCCCGAGUGCCUGAGCAGCGGAUUGAACUGUAUCAGAUUCUCAAAUCUAAGGAUUUGACAUCUCCAACACAGCGCUACAUCGACAGCAAAGUUGUAAAGACGAGAGCAGAAGGAGAAUGGCUGUCUUUUGAUGUAACCGAUGCUGUUCAUGAAUGGCUCCACCAUAAAGACAGGAACCUGGGAUUUAAAAUAAGCUUGCACUGUCCUUGCUGUACCUUUGUACCAUCCAAUAAUUACAUCAUCCCAAACAAAAGCGAAGAACUAGAAGCAAGAUUUGCAGGUAUUGAUGGCACCUCCACAUAUGGCAGUGGUGAUCAGAGAACUAUAAAGUCUACUAGGAAAAAAAACAGUGGGAAGAGCCCACAUCUCCUGCUAAUGUUGUUGCCCUCCUACAGACUGGAGUCGCAACAGUCGAACCGACGGAAGAAGCGUUCUCUGGAUGCGGCCUAUUGCUUUAGAAAUGUACAAGAUAAUUGCUGCCUACGUCCACUUUACAUAGAUUUCAAGAGGGAUCUUGGGUGGAAAUGGAUACAUGAACCCAAAGGGUACAAUGCCAACUUCUGUGCCGGGGCAUGUCCCUAUCUGUGGAGCUCAGAUACUCAACACAGUAGGGUUCUCAGCUUAUAUAAUACCAUCAAUCCAGAAGCAUCUGCUUCUCCUUGCUGUGUGUCCCAGGAUUUAGAGCCUCUGACCAUUCUCUACUACAUUGGCAAAACCCCCAAAAUUGAACAGCUGUCCAACAUGAUUGUAAAGUCUUGCAAAUGCAGCUAAGAGUCUCAGAAAAGUAGCAAGACAAGAAUCACAACAAUGAUGACAACUACGACAAUGACGACGACUAUGAUGAUGAUGAUGAUUAUGAUGAUGAUGAUGAUGACAUUGACAAUAUCAGUAACAAGAAAACAGGAGAGAGCCUUGCUUCAUCUGUGUUAAAAAAUUGCAAAAGCGGUACUAGUUCAAACAUUUUGGAAGUGUGUGUGCUGUUUGUUAAAACUGGCAUCAGAAAAAAAAAGUGAAAGCCUUAGUCUCCAUUUCACCUCCUCUGUAAGGGAGAGAAGUAAGAAGCCAAAUCUUUUCUUUUUAAGAAAAUAAAUAAAUAAACACUGGAAGAAGUUGUUAGUGUGAAUUACACAAAAGAAAACAAACCAACAACAGGAAAAUUCCAUGAAGUGGAUGUCUGUGCACACCGUCCUAUCCCAUGUCUCAGCUGAAUUUUCUGAGUUGCUAUGAUUAGGCAUCCUUUCCCUUCUUUCUUUAGAGUUCACAGUGAGUUAUUUAUUAUGUGUUACUAUAUAAUGAACAUUUAAUUGCCCUUGGAAAACAAACAAGUGUAUAAAGUGGAGACCAAAUAUUUUGCCGGAAACUCAUGGAUGGCUUAAGGAGCUUGAACUCAAAUGAGCCUGAAGUGGAGAGGUCAGAUCAAUGACAGGAAAACCUGAACGAAUUAUUGGAAGACCGAGCAAGUCCACUUUAAGAUGGAGACCCUGGAAACACCAGCUCUUUCUCUACCACUGAAGGAAUCUUUUUAAGGUUCAAAAAGAGAAAGGCCUGUAAAUUAAGUAUAAUUUCCAUCAGAAUAAGUCUGUAAAGGUUUCUUUUCCCCACUUUUUUUAAUUGUAAAUUAUUCUUUGUCCAUUUGGUAAAUCAGUGGAAUGUUGAAAUGUUUGACUAUGUCCUGGGCAAACUUCAGCCUAGAAUUCUUGCUGGAUAGCUCAGCUCUGUAACCCUACUUAUGUUAUUGGAAUUGGUGAAACACAGCUGCAGAUCUUUUGAAAACAAUUCAAUCAAAAUGUUGACUACAUUUAGUAUCAUGUGGCCAUCAUUGCCCUAUUUUUCAUAGUUCGUAAUAAUGUUGAUUAAGGUUCAAAUUAGACUGACUUGGGGAUUCUUUCAAUGAUGAUUGCUCUAAAUUUUGUACUUCUUUUGGCUGGCCAGUACUUGCAAGUAAAAGCCCUGUAUUUGGACAUGCUCUACUAAUCCUUAUUCUGGAGUCUUUGUUCUGCCUCAUCCAGUGUCGUCCUCUUUCAUGUUGUUGUAUGAGUUAUCCAUUCUUAUGCAUGAUAGAAGCAACCUGGAUACAUUUUUUCCUUUUUAUAAAAAGGAGUGAUUUGAAUUUAUAGACUUUCUUUCUCUUCUAAGCAUAAGUACCAGUCAACCCAGAUGUGGAAACUGUUAUGUAGAUAAUAGAGGUUAAGUGUUUUCCUUUUAACUAGGGCUCAAGGAGCAGACAGAAACCCCAAGUCUUAGUGACUAAAUUAGAAAAGGUUUCUCUAAUUGUGUUCAGUUGGCACUUGGAAGAAUUCUAUGGGUAUAAAACAGUAGAUUAUUGGUAAGACAUCUUUUUCUUUAAUCAGGUUUUUUAGUGUUAGGAGGAAGUGGAAAGAUUUACAUUUUGAAUGAUUUUUUUAAAGGGGAGAGAGUGUAGAGUUCAGGUUGGCAUAAAUCAUUUUGUUUAUUUUUCUCUGAAGUUAAAGUAUUUCUAGGUGUUCUUUGAAGGGUUUUGGAAAGGCACCAGUCAAAUUCUCCCAUGAUCAAAAAAGAGAAUUAUUCUCUUACCUAAAUGAGAAUUAUCUGUACUGGGGGCUGGAAUUUUCAGUAUAAUGGCAGAAAACAAAAACUUAUUGUAGGGUCUGUAGGAUGAGUCACUUUGUCAGUUGCACCAUAUUGAACUCUCAGAUAAAAGUUAGUAGGUGAGACACUAAAAUCUUUGUAGUUUCACUUAAUGAGGAGCACAGUGAAAUGUGAGUCCCAAGAAAAUGUUUUUGAUAGGCUAUAAUUGUCCUCCCCCCAGUUGCAAAUAAGGGAUUGAAUUAGCAAGUUUAAAAACUGGAAAAGCAAGAGAUGGGGAUUGGUGCCCCCAGGAGGUUGGAGGCUGCCCAGCCCCAGGUUUGAAUGUGUUGAUUUUGAGUCUCUCUUCCACUUUUCUUCCGUUCACUCUAUGUAAAUCACUUUUUUUCUGCAGGUAUUUUUCCUUCUUCAAAAAAAUGACAUUUUGUUUUGUAAUAUUUUGUCUCUUUUCAUGAAUGCACUGAUAAUAUUUUAAAUGCUCUAUUUUAAGAUCUCUUGAAUCACUUUUGUUUUCAUUUGGGGUUUUUCUAAAGGCCUUGUUUUCCCAUAAAUAAAUAUUACCAGGAUAGGGGUGGGGUGAAGGGAGAUGAAGGAAAUGUUAGUAUGGGGUCAGGGUAUGGUUUCUCUGUGUUAAGCAGUACAAUGUUAAGGUUGGCAUGGUUUUAAAAAAAUGGAAUAUAAGAAUAGCUGUUUUGUAUUUUGGUGGCCAAUGAUGCUGUAUUUUAACACAAUGUAUGUCUGUUUUUGUGGUGCUCUAGUGGUAAAUAAAUUAUUUCAAUUACA